AUGAGAAUUGUAUUACAAAAAGUCAGUCAAGCAUCCGUAGUGGUCGAAAAGGAGAUAGUUUCUACCAUUAAACAUGGAUAUAUGUUAUUAGUUGGUAUAUCUACAGAGGAUACCAUUGAAGAUAUAAACAAGUUAUCUAAUAAAGUAUUGACUUUAAGAGUUUUUGAAGAUUCUACAGGUGAAAAUUUUUGGAAACAAAAUAUUAAACAAGUUGAAGGUGAAAUUUUAUCAAUUUCACAAUUCACUCUGUAUGCAAAGACUAAGAAGGGUACGAAACCUGAUUUCCAUAUGGCUCAAAAGGGUCAUAUAGCAAAAGAACUUUAUGAUAAAUUUCUUGAUUCAUUGAGAGCGAAUUUAGGUCAAGACAAAGUUAAAGAUGGUCAAUUUGGUGCAAUGAUGAGUUGUUCGUUGACCAACGAGGGACCAGUGACAAUCAUCUUAGAUAGUAAGAAUUAA